AUGUCAACUGAGGCUAUUCCAUUUCCCACUCCCAAACAACAGUUUAAUGGAACACAAGAACAAGACGAAUCAUUGUCAUCUAUGGCUUCAAAACUUUCAGAAUGGGGGCAUAAAUCUUUCAAAUGUUCAGCUAUUGAAAUUUCAGAAUCAACGUUAAGUGAAGAUACCGAAGGUGAUAAAGCAACUACAUCUUUCAAUGAUUCUGCAAUUGGGACUUCACAAUCAACAAUAAACGAAAAUUAUAAGGGAAAAUCAACCAUAGAUAAAGAAGAACUGUAUCAUCCAAAUGUUCCAGCAGAUUUGAUUUCUAAAAAAGGACAAACUAUGUCAACUAUAGAUGAAGGAAUUGAAAUGUAUCGAACAUAUAGAAAAGCUGUUGGUUUUGGAAUUAGAUUAGGAUCAACAACUACAUAUGGUGACUACAGUCUAAGAAAAAAACAUGUAAGAUGCAAGAGAUAUGGACAACCAAGAAAAAAAUCCAUUGAUACUCUUACAUCCAUUGGUUUUGACAGAGAUUAUAGAACAAAUACAAUUACUGUAUAUGCAUUUGAAGAAGCACACAACCAUCCACUUACUGAAUUUAAUGAAGAAAGUCUUUGUUCUCAUAAUCAUAGACUUAGUAUUUCUGAUCAGGAACCACCAAAUCAGAAGGAACUACUAAUGACAAUGGUUUUUUAA